AUGGCAGCACACCGGAAGUUCACAUUUGAUGAUCCGGCGGAUAGCUACUGGAAUGCGAAUGGCCCCGCCAACGUCUCACUUUUCGGCGAUGUGCCAUCGACCAGUAAUGCGGCGGCAGCAAGAGCUGCUUUGGAGGAUCUGUUCGAAAGUAGAAUUCCUUUCGGUAGUGACGAUGGAUCGUCGAAUACAGAAAGCGAGCCCGUUUUGACAGUGAAUCUUUUUAAGAAUGGUGCAGGUGGUGCAACGUCAGGCCUUUCUUCACUUCGCAGUACCGAGGUCUGUUUAUUCAUCAUUGUGAAGGAGAAUUCGUUGGACCGAAAAUUCUCUUCCAAGUCAGCUGCCUCCAUUGUUUCUGAUGGCAGUGCCGACUCGUUUUCGAAUAAUGCAACAGCGCAGCUGGACUAUUCCAGGCUGAAGAGUGAGCACAGGAAAUUACAGAAACAUCUCGAGGUUUUUGUUCUGAAUCAAGUGAGAUUAGAGCGCUAUCGAGCAGCGGAUCCUGAAGUCACGAUUCGCAGAUUAUUAAGAGGCGAUUCCGUUACAUUGGAUUUGUAUCGGAGUAAGAAAGAGAAGCUGAACCUUUUGGACGCUGCUUUAGAUUCUUAUGACGGGAAUGUCAUAAUUGCUGUCAGUUUUUUAGUCGGAAUAUUUCUUUAUUUGCUAAUCAGCUUCAAAACUUCCUUUUCGCUAUAA